AUGCGCUACAGAUCAACCCGCGGCACGGCGCCGAAUUUGGGCUUCGACGACGUCUUGCUGACGGGGCUGGCGCGCGACGGCGGUCUCUAUCUGCCGGAAAGCUGGCCUCGGUUCUCGGCGGAGACCUUGCGGUCCUUGCGUGGCAAGCCCUAUGCCGAGCUUGCCGCAGCGGUGAUGCAGCCCUUCGUCGCCGGCUCCGUGAUCGAACAGGAUUUCCCGCAGAUCGUCGCCGAGUCCUACGGCGUUUUCGACCAUAGCGCCGUCACACCGCUUAAGCAGCUCGACGCCGAUCUCUGGCUGCUUGAGCUGUUCCAUGGUCCAACGCUGGCAUUCAAGGAUGUUGCGCUUCAACUGCUCGGCCGGCUGUUCGAUGCCGUUCUCGCGCGGCGCCGGCGGCGACUGACGAUUGUCGGGGCCACUUCCGGCGAUACCGGCUCGGCCGCAUUGGAGGCCUGCCGAGAUCGCGGUCAUCUCGACAUCUUCGUUCUCUUCCCGAAAGGCCGCACCAGUGAGGUGCAACGUCGUCAAAUGACGACGAUUGCGGCGCGCAACACGCAUGCCAUAGCGAUCGACGGCAGCUUCGAUGACUGCCAGGAUCUGGUGAAGGCCCUUUUCGCAGACGAAGCUUUCCGAGACGAGUUUGGUCUCUCGGCUGUGAAUUCGAUCAAUUGGGCCCGGAUCAUGGCCCAGAUCGUCUACUAUUUCGCGGCCGCUUUGGCCUUGGGCGCGCCGGAUCGGCGGGUCUGUUUUUCGGUGCCGACCGGAAACUUCGGGAACGUUUAUGCCGCCUAUGCCGCGCGGCAGAUGGGACUGCCGAUCGAGAGGCUGUUCGUUGCAUCGAACCGAAACGACAUCCUCGCGCGGUUUUUUGAGGAAGGUGAGAUGCGGAUCGGGUCGGUGGAGCCGAGCCUUUCGCCCUCCAUGGACAUCCAGGUAUCGAGCAACUUCGAGCGGCUGCUGUUCGAUCUUACGGGCGGCAAUGGGGCCGAGGUCGCGCAGUUGAUGACGGCCUUUCGCAGCGACGGAUGCUACCGUCUGACGCCUCAACGUAUGGCUCAGGUCUCCGAGAUCUUUCGUGGCUUCCGUCUCGACGAUCCCGGCACGGUAGCUGAGAUCCGCGAGACCUACGCCGCCACCGGGGAGAUCCUGGAUCCGCACUCCGCGGUCGGUCUGGGCACGGCACGAGCGCUGGCCGAUCCGGGUGUUGCGACCAUAUCUCUGGCGUGCGCCCAUUCCGCGAAGUUUCCCGAUGCCGUCGAGCAAUCGACCGGCGUUCGGCCGCCCUUGCCGGAGCGUCUGUCGGAUCUCUACGACCGGCCGGAACGGGUGAUCGAGCUACCGAACGAUUUGAACGCCCUGCGCGCCCACGUCCGCGCGCACGCGAAAGGACUUAGCGUCGUAUGA